UCUUCGAAGGUUGGUGCGUGCGUGCGCGCGCUGGAGGGCAGAUUCAAUUGAAGGUGUGUCUUUCAGGACUUUUAAUUCUCAGACGUCAAUCAUGAGCACAAAACAGGUUGUGUUCAAGAAGUUGUCCCGGGACAAGUCGGUUGGCAUCUACAUGGGGAAGAGGGACUUUGUGGACCACUGUGACUUCGUGGAACCGGUUGAUGGCGUUGUGAUUGUGGACCCCAAGCUCCUCCAAGGAAAGAAAGCGUUCGUCGUGUUGUGCUGCACGUUCCGCUACGGCCGCGACGACGACGACAACGUCCUGGGCAUCAAGUUCUGCAGGGAGCUGCACCGGAGCAGCCAGCAGGUGUUUCCGCCGCUCCUGGACCGCGAGCGCAACGUCCACACCGGGCUGCAGGAGAAGCUGCUGCACAAGCUGGGCUGCAACGCUUACCCCUUCUUCUUCGAGUUCCCGGACAACCUGCCCUGCUCCGUGGCACUGCAACCGGCUCCUACGGACGUUGGCAAGAAAUGCGCCGUGGAGUUCGAAGUGAAGGCUUUCUGCGCCAAGGGCCAUGACGACAAGGUGCAGAAGAGGUCUUCCGUGAGCCUGGCCAUCCGCAAAGUCCAGUACGCCCCGGAGCGCGGGGGGAGCGCCCCUCGGUUGAGCUGAGCCGCGAGUUUCGGCGCCUCCGAGAAGGCGCUGCACGUGGAGGCGUGCUUGGGAGAAACCUACUAUCACGGCGAGCCCAUCGGUGUCCACGUGAACAUCAGCAAUGGCUCCAGCAAGACGGUGAAGAACAUCAUCGUGAUGGUGGAGCAGGUGGCCAACGUGGUGCUCUACUCCAAUGACAGCUACGCCGAGACCGUUGCCACGAACGAACACCGGACACGGGUGGAGUCGGGUGCGAGCCUGCAGGCCACGUACACCAUCCUGCCUCUACUGGCUAACAACCGCAAGCAGCGCGGCAUCGCCCUGGACGGCAAGCUGAAGCACGAGGACACGAACCUGGCCUCCCUCGAGCAUGUGAGCGCACCCUGGGAUGUCGUGAAAGACGGAGUUCUGCCGGAGGUCCUCGGAAUCCUGGUAUCCUACCGGCUGCUGGUGAGCUCGUCGUCGGGGGGUCAGUCCUAG